CAGCACCCAAGCCCUGAAGUGAGAGAGUACGCCUGUGCCAGUAUUUCCAGGCUGUUGCAGCAGAAGCAUGUAAUCCCAACCUUUCUGCAGAGGGACGUCGUCCGGUGUUUGGGACCGUUGUUGAUGGAUCACAGUUUAGCUGUUCGCGAGACAGCUGCAGGCGCUCUGCGAAAUCUGAGUGCUUGUGGAGGAUUUGAGGUCUGCGAUGACAUGGUGACAAAAGACAUCAUGACACCCCUUGUAGCACUUUUGAAAGAGUGUAGCACUGGACUAGAUGCUAACCAGCUCUCUCCAAAAAAAUGCAGAGAGAUGAACAAAAACUAUAUUGAAGACAUAGCCAAUGAGGCUGUUAAUUUGCUGUGGAACGUAUGUGAAUGCAACAAUACUGCGGUGCACAUAUUCAAUAAAGAGGGAUGUCUGGAGCCUGUGUUACAUUACAUGAAGAAAUUUUCCACGAAUGUGGAUCUGGCUAUUUCAGUAGCAAACUGCCUGCAGGCAGUGACAGAAGAUAAUCCAGAUCUUCUUUCUUCAUUCAAUGCUUCUGCACAACAAGUGUUGGAAACCGUGAUGUUGUGUCCAGAGAGCACAAUGAAGCAUAUCCUUCUGAGAACACUGAUAGCAGGCACUAUCUGGAAUAUCAAGGAUACCAUUCCAGCAGACAGCCUGGGAAGCAUGGUAAACGCAAUCCUGAAGAUUUUUUCCGAAUCAUUAGCAAUAGAUGCUGGUGAAACAAUCAUUCGAAUGAGUGAAGCUGAAAAAAACAGGUUAAAACUUGCUGCGGAGGCAGAAACUGAGGAAAACAUGACUGAUGUUAUGGACAACUGUGGUAUGAGUGAAGAUGAUAUGGAAGAGGUACCAAAAGGAAAAGUCAGAAGAGAAAAUGACAUUUCAGACCUACUUCCAUCUGAUAAGUGGGAACUGAAAGAAGUGACAGCUUUACUGAUGGCUCAGCAGACUGCUCUGGAAAUCAUCGUUAAUAUGUGCUGCAGUGAAGAUCCCUCUGAUGAUGAAUGGGAAGAACUCUCCAGCAGUGAUGAAAGCGACUUGUUUAUGGAAAACUCAUACAAUGAGGGGAGUGGGCUGCUAAUGUCGCCCCUCUGUCUCUCUGCUGAGGUUAACUCAGCGUUUCUGAACAACCUCAUUCCAAAGAAGAUUCUUGAAAAAACUGCUUUUCCGAACAGUGUUGCUCUAGACAUCUGUAUGCACAAUCCGUCUUGGAAACCAUUAAUUAAAAAACUGAAUGCGGUGCAGUGCAGAGCUUUAACGUGCCUUCAUAGCAUCUUGUUAGUGUCAGACGUGGAUUGUCUUGGAGGAGCUUCAGCACUUCAGUCCCUUGCACAGCAUCUCUCGCAGCUAGUCUUUUCUAAAACGGAACUCCCUACAGACACAGAAUUCCUGGAAGCCAUAACCAGCGCUUUGAGGGCUCUCCUACAAACAAUGGCAUCAAAGAACAUCUCCCAGUGUAUGACUCCUGAGCAGCUCUUGGCUUUAUGUGAAGCUGGUAUUCACAGCAGCAAUGCCAGUGUUAGAGUGAACGUAGUGGGCAUCCUCGGAAUUUCUGGCAGUGUCCUGGCGAAAGGACAAGAUACAGCUGAGACGCUGAAGAUGAUUGGAAAAUUUCUUCUUGAGGUUGCUAUGAAGGAAUCUUCCCUUGUGGUAGCAGGGGAAGCCUUGGAUGCACUUUUUGAUGUGUUUGCAGAUGGUAAAGAAGCAGAAAAGGCAGCAGUACAGAUCAAGUUGCUUCCAGCACUGAAAGAAUUUCAGCCAGUGUUCAAAAUGAGGAUGCGAAAAGAAGGCAAAGGACAAUAUAGUACAGAUCAGCUGUGUGUUCUUGACAAUGUGAAGAUGAAUUUGAGAAGAUUCAUUGCGUAUCAGGAGACACUAGGGAAAACCCCAACUUGAAACAUCGAGGAACUUUAAGGUUUCCCUUAUUGAGUAAUGUUUUCCAAAAAUAUAACCAUUUUGAACUUUUAAAAUGUAUUGUCCAGAGCAGUUUUGCUUUCCUGUUAAUACUGCAUUCUUUUACAUUCAGUAUGUUCAUACCUCUGGGUUGAUGCAAUAUGAAAGUCACAUCCGUGUCAGAAAGCAUGGCAUACUAAAGUGUUAGCAGUGAUAAGAAUGUGCUGUUACAGCCCCGAGAUCUGUACAUAACAACACUGUCAUUGUGUAGAAAUCCUGACGUAUCCUGGCGGAAACCUAUAAUUGCAUGAAAAAGUAAUUUAGAGGGUAUGUGCCAGAUCAAGAAAGAAUGUAAAAGCUCAAGAUACCUUUCAGGAAAUCGAGCAGUGGCAGAAUGUUUGUAUUUGCUAUUUGCUCUUACCUGCUUCAAGAAUUGCACAGGCACUUAAGGCAAGCUUCCCAAGAGAAGUGUGUGACAAGUGUGUGGAUUGCUGUCAGCACUUGGAUCUGUUACUUCAUGAGGCUUAUCAGAAACGGUUUUGGAUUAGUUUAGGAUAAUUCAGUAUGAUAGCUUUUUGCUGUGGAAAACGGUGUAAAGGGAUCCCUACGCUUUACGCAGCUCCCUGUUUUUACUUUGUUUUGAUUGGUAUUUCUGAAAAGCAAGUGUCCUGAUUUAUUUUAUUCCUUGUAGUUCUACAUCAGGAUGAAUUUGGAUUCAGGGAAGUAGUAAAUUUAAGAAGUAUUUUUUUUAUACUGA